AUGCCCCCAGCCCCAUCUCGACGGAUGGUCCCAAAGGACCGAUUUGGCCAAUUGUUUGGCAGCUUGAAAAUUCAGAGCUAUUAUGACCCUGCGGCGCGAGGUCCGGGUUCUCAUACCAUUCGUACCCUUGCAUGGAAUCCGACAGGCAGCUUGAUCGCAACCGGCUCGGUGGAUCGCACCCUACGCAUCUGGAACCCUGAGCGCACACAUGUAAAGUACUCGACGGAGCUGCGUGGACAUUCUUCUGGUAUAGAAAAGGUUACCUUUAACCCUGUCAAAGAAUCGGAAUUGGCAAGCUGCUCGAGUGAUGGAACUGUCCGUUUCUGGGAUGUACGGUCUAAAACGUGUAUUAGCCGCGUGGAUGUAGGAGGCGAGGCAUUUACGAUGGCAUGGACUGCUGAUGGAAGCGUAAUACUCGUGGGCAGGAAGGAUGACACAUUAAUACCCAUCUCAGUCGAGUCUCCGUCUACCCCCGCUCUUCAAACGCCUUCCGGAACCACUGCCCCGGCCAACAUUUUCAAGGCACUCACGCUACAUCCACAACCAGUCCAAACCAACGCUACCGCAUUUUCACACUCUCUUAAUACUUCUGAUCUCGACCUCUUCCUCACCACCGGUGACGGUACCGUAAAAGUCGUCUCCUACCCGUCAUUCAACCUCCUCCACACAAUCCAUGCCCACACAUCCGCGUGUCUUUCAAUCGCACUCAGCCCUACAUCGCGCUACCUAGCCGUUGGCGGAAGUGACGCUUUAAUAUCCCUCUGGGACACCACAGACUGGAUCUGCAAACGCACCGUAUCAAGUGCCAACGGCGGCGCCGUAAGGGGCGUCAGCUGGAGCUGGGACGGUCGAUUUAUCGUGGGGGCUUGCGACGAGCCCGGCUGUGGCGGCUCUGGGCUCGAGAUUUUCCACGCUGAAACGGGAGAAAGUGUAUAUACCAUUCCUACAGGAGGACUGGGCUCUGCGGCUGGAGCCAACGGGGUAGUUGGAAUUGGAAGCGGCCCUGGAACUUCAGUCGGCGUUCCCGCUGUCGCUUGGCACCCGUCUCGCUACUGGUUGGCUUAUUCUGUCACCGCUGACGGGAUGGGGAGUAGUGGUGGUGGGUUAAGGAUUGUCGGAGCGGGGAGUGGAUCGUUGUGA